AUGAGUAGCUCAGAAGAAUUGUCACAGUAUGAGGAAACAUCAACUAAAACGUCUAAAUCUUUGCAACAUAGUGAUAUAUCGGUGAUUCCACGAGAUAUGUACGGUUUGUAUGGAGUGCAUGUGAGCAAUCUUCCCUCGGACACCUCUGAGAAACUUCUCCACAAGACGUUCUCUUCUGUUGGUAAAGUAGCUGUUUGUAAAGUUAUGGAUCCAAAGACGCGUCCGGGAAGUCCUUUUCCUACUUACGCAUUUGUCAAAUUUUCAAGCAGAGAAGAAGCCUUUGAUGCAUUGUCAAAGUUUAAUGGUUACACACUCAAUGAUAGCAUCUUGGCUGUCAGACCUGCUUAUAUUUCCGAAAGAAUUAAAAAGUUUCAACCACAGAAACAUCGCCGCACGGACAGGAUUUCUAACAAAAGCGAAAUUAAUGGAAAUGCUGAUAGAGAGAAAGAAACUCCGAAAUCUUAUGUGAUGAAUUCGUCUGACUGCCGAUUGAGGGAUGGCAGGCUGCAAGAAGGUGAUGUUAUUGUAUAUAAUGGAACUUCCAUUAAAUCGUCUCCAACGAAGGGAUAUACCGGACAAGAAGUGGCUCCGCGGUUUAGAAAAAGUUCCUCACUCGAUGAUGCUUUAGAUAACUCAGAAAAAUUUCAAGUCGUUUCACCAGAGGUACCAUCUAAUUCAGCAGUUCAAGCACACCAAAAAUCAAAUGAUGAUCGAUCAGGAAUUUCUGUUGAACAAACAUCAGACAACACUGACAGCCGUUCAAACACAUCUUCAUCAGCAUUUCAUUUAUAUCAAGGGUCAUCGGGAAUGCAAAAGCGUUUACAAACCACUGGUAACGUUCAACAUCAUAGACCAGUGAAGAAUGGAUUUACACAAAUGAACUCAGAUCUUUCACAUCUGCGGCUUUCUCCCUCAAGUCAUCGUAGUUCAGAAAAUUACCAUCAGGGAGGUGAAGCCUUGUCAAGGAGGGAUGAUGUACACCAAGGUGCACCUGUUUGGGUUCCAUCUCCACCUGGAAAUAUUGGAGUUACUUUCUCCAGCAAUAGAAACAAGCCAGCUAAUAGCCCAAGGAGGAGCUGCCAAUCGAGUUUCAGUGUAGCUACCUGGAGCACUACAGAUGUGGUGCAAUUCUUUUGUAAUACUGACUGUGCUGAGUAUGCAGGAUUCUUUCAAGAGCAGGAGAUUGACGGCAGGGCUUUGAUGUUGUUAAAUCGCGAUACAUUGUUGCAGUUUUUUAAAGUUGGACCAACACUUAAAAUUCUACAGCAGAUAGAUGAGUUGAGAUCAAAAGGUUAA